UUUGGGAUGUAUAAUAAAGAUAAUGUUUAAGUUGAUAAUGAUGGACAUUCAGUUGGAUGAAAUAAUCAGAAUCGUUGCUGCUAAUAUGGGGCAAUUGUUACAUAUAUUCUAUUUGAGUUUUAUGUCUCAACGACUGAUCGAUCACAGCAGCGGACUCCAAGAAGCAAUGUAUGUGUGUGCAAAAUGGAUUAACAGUUAUAGCUGUGAGUGGUACAAAAUUUCAUUAAGAUCCAGACAACUGUUGAGAUUCACAUUAAUGCGAGUUAUUAAACCAUGUCAAAUAAAAGCUGGUAAAAUAUACGUAAUGUCAAUGGAAAAUUUCAGCUCGGUAUGUAUGAUUACAAAUGUAUCACUAUUUUGGUCAUAAAAUGCAAACUUUUUGUUUUUCUUAUUAUUUUCAGAUAUUAAAGGUAUCCGUGUCUUACUUCACUAUGCUCACAUCUAUGCAAUAAUAAUCAUAUAAAGCGGUAUAAUAAUCUAGAAAUAUGAUUGAUUACAAGCUUAAUUAUUCAAUAUAAUGGAUAACUUAAGCACUGAUAUAAUAUACUAAUUUAAUAUAUGUUAUUUACAAAAAAACAUUAAACCUUAAAUUGAUAUUAGUUUCUACUUUUAUACGAAAUGUGAUCUUAAUAUAAUGAUGACACAUAUAUAUAUACAUGUGUACCGCAUCACCUCGCUGUCAUAAUUAUUAAUAAUUGGCGCAACCAAAUAAAACAAAUAAUAAAAGAUGAAUAAAACUAAAAAAAGUGCAUCCAC